CAUUGGUGGAGAUGCCUGGGAGACCUCGGUGUCCAGAAAGGAGCCCCAGCUAUCUUGGGCUGGGCAGGGCGGAUGGCGACUGUCAAAAGGAAAUAGGAUCAUGGCAGCAGAUGAUGACAAUGGUGAUGGAACAAGUUUAUUUGAUGUCUUUUCUGCUUCUCCUCUUAAAAAUAAUGAUGAAGGUUCUUUGGACAUAUAUGCUGGGUUGGACAGUGCUGUUUCUGACAGUGCUUCCAAAUCCUGUGUACCAUCCAGAAAUUGUUUGGAUUUAUAUGAAGAAAUCCUGACUGAAGAAGGAACUGCAAAGGAGGCAACAUAUAAUGAUUUGCAAGUAGAAUAUGGUAAAUGUCAGCUGCAAAUGAAAGAGCUGAUGAAAAAGUUUAAGGAAAUACAGACACAGAAUUUCAGCUUAAAAAAUGAAAACCAGUCUCUUAAGAAGAAUAUUUCAGCACUUAUCAAAACUGCUAGAGUGGAAAUAAAUCGCAAGGAUGAAGAAAUAAAUAAUCUUCACCAAAGACUGUCUGAGUUCUCACAUUUUCGAAAUAAUCACAAAACUCUAAGGACACCAGAUAUAGUUAAAACAAAAGAUCUUAAAUCCAGAUCUCCCCAUUUGGAUGAUUGUGCAAAGACUGAUCUCAGAGUGAAAAGUGAUGUUUCUAAAGAUGUACAUCAUAGCACUUCACUGCCAAAUCCCGAAAAGGAAGGAAAAUCACAUUGUGAAAAAAAGAGCACUUUGUAUUUGUCUCCAUUUACUGAAAAACACUGCAACAAUGGCAUUUGGUCACGUUCCCAUUAUCAGGUUGGUGAGAGUAUCUCAAAUGAGGAUAAUAGAAGAGGGAGAAAAGAUAUUAGACAUAGCCAAUAUAGCAGAGGAACGGAUAGAAUACGGAAAGACUUAAAUUCUAGUUGUGGUGAUAGUGAAUCAAGGAACACAGAGGCUAGUCAAAGGCUACAAGGACGUCCUGAGAAAUAUGGUAAAGGUGAACCAAAGGCUGAAAGUAAAAAUUCAAAGUUUAAAAGUAAUACAGAUACGGAUUAUAAAAAUGAACGCAUUAACUCUUGGGAAAAAGAGACCUUUAGAGAAAGGUCAUAUACUCGAGUAGAAUCUCAAAGUGACAAAAAACUAGAAAGACAAAGUGAAAGAUCACAAACUAUAAAUAGAAAAGAACUUAAGUCGCAAGACAAAGAAGAAAGGAAAGUUGAUCAGAAACCUAAAUCCGUAGUAAAAGACCAGGAUCAUUGGAGAAGAUCUGAACGACCAUCACUUACUCAUUCCAAGAAUGAAAUAAAAUCUCAUAAUUCAAGUAAAUACCAUCUAGAAGAGAGAAGAGGAAGGGAAGAUUGUAAAAGAGAUAGGGGUGUAAGUAAUCAUAGUUUUCAAGAAGGAAGAUGUCCAUCCUUUUUUUCAUCCAGCAGAACUCAUAAACACACUGACUCCAAAGAAUCUGAUGCUGUGCAACAGUGGGAAAAUACACCUUUAAGAGCAGAACGGCAUAGGACUGAAGAUAAGAGGAAAAGAGAACGAGAAAGCAAAGAAGAAAAUAGGCAUAUAAGAAAUGAAAAAAGAACACCUACAGAACAUUUGCAGAAGACUAGCAAAGAAACUAAGAAAACCACUACGAAUUUAAAGAGACAGAAUGAGCCCAAAAGUGAUAAAGGUGAAGUCUCUAACAAUGAGGUUUCUGAAGGAGUGGAUAAUAAAGAGCCUGCAAUUAAAGCUGACAGUGGUCCAAAUGAAACAAAAAACAAAGACUUAAAGUUGAGUUUUAUGGAAAAAUUGAACUUAACCCUUUCUCCUGCUAAAAAGCAGCCUGUUUCUCAGGAUAACCACCCGAAAAUAACCAAUAUCCCCAAAUCCAGUGGCAUAUGUGAUUUGGAGUGCUUGGUUCAGGCGACAACAGUGACAUGUGUGCCCUCUGUCAGUGAACAUACCGCAGAGGAAACCAAAUCAAAGUUAUUGGAACCAAAGGAUGCUCUUGCAGUUGCAUCUGAACCCAGGACCAGUAAUCCGGAAAGGAAAAUGGAAGGAGAGAGUGUGUUGGUUAAAUCUGUUGAGAACACUAUGGGUUGUGAUGUGCCCAUUUGUGGUACAGAGACUUCCUUCUCAGCACCUGUGGAAAUGGAACAAACAGAAUCCUUGUUUCCAUCAUCAACAGAAAUGGAACAAACCAUUAAUGGUGCCAGGGAAGCAGUUCCUGUGGCAAUGGACAUAUUACAAACAAAUGUUUCUCAAAACUUUGGCUUGGAAUUGGAUACUAAAAGAAAUGUUGAUUUAAAUUCUUGUAGUGUUUCUGAAGGUAUGGAGAUGAAGGAGCCUUCUGCAACAAAAGUAGCUGAAUCCAGUGACAGCAUUUUGCAGCCUUCAGUUGAAGAAACUGAAAUUUUGCCAGUAGCCCUUUCAGAAGAUGGUAACCCCAAAUUUGAGCCUUCUCUUGUAGAUACACCAUUGGAUGAAAGUAAGUCUUGUCAUUUGGAGCCUUGCUCACCUAAAGAGACACAAGAAUCUUCACUUCAGCAGUCUGCGAUAGUGGACAACAGAAUGGAAAUCGGUGAAACAAACUCAGUAUAUAAUGAUGAUGAGAAUUCAGUUUUGAGCAUUGACCUCAAUCACCUGAGGCCUAUUCCAGAAGCCAUCAGUCCUCUGAAUAGUCCAGUGAGACCUGUAGCAAAAGUUCUUAGACUGGAAAGCCCAUCUCAAGUUUCAUUAUGUAAUAACAGUCAUAAAGAUAUAUUUCCACCAGAUUCGGCUCAAUCUACCUCUAAGAGCAAGUCUGAUCUCAAUAAGGAAAAUCAAAAGCCAGUUUGCAAAUCUGACAAAUUUACAGAUGCAGACUACCAUAAGAAUUCAUCUUUAGAUGAAUUGGAAGAAGGAGAAAUUAUAAGCGACAGUGAAAAAUCUAAACCACAAGAAAGUUUUGAAAAAAGUGACAAACCUAGAACUUCUACUGAAGUCCAGAAUGCAAAAAGUAACCCAGGAAGUAGGAAAAGUACUAUGCACUUGGGUAAAGACAGUAGGAAAACAUCUAUAAAAAUUCAUCAGACCAAAAGCAGAUGGAAUAAUAAUAGACAAAGUGAAUCUAGCAGAUCUUCAAAAACAGAGAGGAAAGAUAAGACCAUGAGUACCUCCAGCCUGGAAAAAAUAGUUCCAAUUAUUGCUGCACCCUCUUCUGUACGAGAGAUUAUGCACAUGUUACGAAUGAUAAGAAAACAUGUAAGGAAAAAUUAUAUGAAAUUCAAGGUAAAAUUUUCAUUAAUACAAUUUCAUAGAAUUAUCGAGUCAGCAAUUUUGAGUUUUACAUCACUAAUUAAACACCUUGACUUAUCCAAGAUCUCAAAGUCAGUGACUACUUUACAGAAUAAUCUCUGUGAUGUUAUAGAAUCCAAACUUAAGCAAGUUAAAAAGAAUGGCAUUGUGGAUCGUUUGUUUGAACAGCAGCUACCAGAUAUGAAAAAAAAAUUGUGGAAGUUUGUAGAAGAACAGCUGGAUUAUUUGUUUGGAAAGCUUAAGAAAAUCUUAGGAAAGUUUUGUGAUUCCAUAAACUUUGGCAGUGACAGUGAUGAAGGAAAACGUGAAAAGAUAAAUAAGGAGAAAGCACAAUAUUCAAAUUGUCAGAAGGGGAAUGUGGACAACUCCAGCAAAGAAAUGCUGAAAGAGAAAUCCCCCAAAUCGGAAGAUUCUGUUAAUCAUAAGUCUGCACUUGGAUGUAAAAAAUCUGAGGAAAAACCUCAAGAUAAUUUCAGUAUUAACACAGUAAAGCGUGACAUUAAAAAAAGUUCUAACACUUGCUUUGAUAACAUUAAGAACUCUCAGUCUGAAGAACGCUCCUUGGAACCAAAUUGUCCCAGCAUCCCAAAGCCAGGAAAAAUGGAAGGCAGCACCAUAGAGGAUGCACAAACAUCCCAGCAUGCAGCUUUGAAGCCAGAACGCAGUUUCGAGAUUCUUACUGAACAGCAAGCAUCUAGCCUUACUUUUAAUUUAGUGAGCGAUGCACAGAUGGGUGAAAUAUUCAAAAGUUUGUUACAGGGUUCUGAUCUUUUGGAUAACAGUGUUAAUUGUAAUGAAAAAAGUGAGUGGGAGUUAAAGACUCCAGAAAAACAGCUGCUGGAGAGUCUUAAGUGCGAAUCUAUACCAACUUGUACAACUGACGAGCUGGUUUCAGGGGUGGUUUCUCCAUGUCCUAAAAUGAUUAGUGAUGACAAUUGGUCAUUAUUGUCAUCUGAGAAAGGUCCAUCUUUGUCUUCAGGACUUUCUUUGCCAGUUCAUCCUGAUGUGUUGGAUGAAAGUUGUAUGUUUGAAGUGUCCACUAAUAUAGCUUUGAGUAAAGAUAAUGGAUGUAGUUCAGAAAAGAGCAAGCCCUGCAUUUCCUCCAUACUUCUUGAAGAUCUCGCAGUCUCUUUAACAGUACCAUCACCUCUGAAGUCAGAUGGUCAUCUCAGUUUCUUAAAGCCUGAAGUUUUGUCUAGUUCAACUCCUGAAGAAGUUAUUAGUGCCCAUUUUAGUGAAGAUGCCUUACUUGAAGAAGAGGAUGCAUCUGAACAAGAUAUUCAUUUAGCUCUGGAGUCUGAUAAUUCCAGCAGCAAAUCAAGUUGUUCUUCAUCAUGGACAAGUCGGUCUGUUACUCCAGGCUUUCAGUACCACCCCAACCUACCCAUGCAUGCUGUCAUAAUGGAAAAGUCCAAUGAUCAUUUCAUUGUGAAAAUACGGCGUGCUGCACCAUCUACCUCCCCUAGUCUUAAACAGAAUAUGGUGGCUGACGAGUCACUGGCAUCGUUGCCCAGAGUGGAAAAAGAAGCAGAUAAAGCAGUGGAGAAAGAAUAUGUUUCAUGUCAGAAUGGAGUUUUUAAAUCUGUGGAGGAAUUAAAUUCCGACAACAAUGUUGACAGCAGUAAAUCAGCUCAUGAAGAACAGGACUGUAUGAUACAAACACAGGUUCCUGAUAUAUAUGAAUUUCUUAAAGAUGCUUCAGGUAAAGUGAGUCAUGGUAAUGAAGUGGCUGAUGAGUGUUUCAAGUUGCAUCAAGUAUGGGAACCAAAAGUACCUGAAAGCAUUGAAGAAUUGCCUCCAAUGGAAGAAAUUUCACAUUCUGUUGAGGAUCAUCUUCCAGACACAUAUAUAGACCUCACAAAAGAUCCAGUCACUGAGACCAAAAACUUGGGGGAAUUCAUAGAAGUAACAGUUUUAAAUAUUGAUCAGUUGGGAUGCUCUGAAGGCAAUUUGGAUCAGAAUGCUCAAAUACUAGAUGAUAUGCAGCCUGAUACUGUAGAUGCUUUCAUUGAUUUGACACAAGAGGUUUCAAGUGAGAGUAAAAAUGAGAGUAACCAUCCUGCUUUAGGUGUUGAACGCUUGGAAUGUCAGGUGAUAUGUGUAGAUGAAGAUAACUGUAAGGAAGGAAAGGUGCAAGUGGCAAACGGGCCUUUGGAAUGCAUUGUUGAGAAAGCCUGUAUCGAUUUGACCUCAGAACCUCCCAGUUCAUGUGAAGUAAAAAAGGAUGACUUAAAACCAGAGUCGGCAUCAAAUUCUGAUAGUUCAGUGUUGCCUGGGACUUUGGAUAAUGCUCCUAAAAAGAGAAAAAAACUUUCUGAUCUAAAUCAUUCUCAUAAAAAACAGAGAAAGGAAACAGACUUAACCAGUAGGGAAAAGACUAAGAAAAUUACCCAUGAUUCUUCUGAGAAUGGUGAAGCUCACCGAAAGAAAGCCAGUAAGAAAAAGGCCCCUGCAGUGACUAAAGAUCCCUCAUCGUUGAAGUCAAGCCCAGGGAUCGAGGAGCUGUCAGCAACUGCCACUUCUCCUAUAAGCCUUUCUGCAAAAAAUGUUAUUAAAAAGAAGGGAGAAAUUAUAGUUUUAUGGACAAGAAAUGAUGACCGGGAAAUUUUAUUGGAGUGUCAAAAAAGAGGGCCAUCAUUGAAAACAUUUUCUUAUUUAGCUGCCAAGUUGAAUAAAAAUCCAUAUCAGGUCUCAGAAAGAUUCCAGCAGCUAAUGAAGCUCUUUGAAAAGUCAAAAUGCAGCAGGUACUAGUACAGUGAACCAGACCUCUGCUGCAGGUGUCCUCACAGAUAAAAUCUGGGCAGCACAAAACCCUUUUGGGUGAAGAUUUGGGGAAAACAGGUAAGGACUGACUAGCUUGUGCAUUAUUUGUUCACUCCUCCCCCUCCAGACUUAUAGGACUAAUGGGUUACAGCGUAGGCCCUAGACUUUAGGAAAUGCCUUAGGAAAUUGCCAUUUCUCCCACGGUGUCUAAAGAGGGAGCUAUGGUUGAAGGGUUACUUCGUAGAUAACAAACAAAUAAUUUACUGUGGUUUUUGUAGUGUUGGGGCUGUGCACCAUAGGGCUUUAUCUUCUUCCCUCUCUUUGAACCCCCAACAUAGCCCAGAUUGCUGCCCUCAGCCUUUCCCCAGGGCAUUCUAUCACUCAGAAGAGCCUAUACCAUCAGGUAAGUGAGUUCACAAGCCAAAGUAAAGUGAUUACCAAGAAAUGCCACUGGUUCAAAAGAAAACUCAAUUACAUAAGAUCAUCAGAAUCUAAAAUUAAGCCUGUAAACAGAAAAAAAAGGGAAGAGUUUAGCAAUGUGGUAUAAGAAUAAGAAAUAAUGAGCCAAGUUGAAAUAUAAAAAACAUAUUUAAAAUAACAUAAGUGGAAUAAAAAUUGAAUGAGUAUGGCUGAUGAAUGAGUUAGUGAGUUGGAAAGUCAAAUUGAGAAAUUCUCCCAGAAAGAAGCAAAAGAGAAAAAAGAAGACAUGAAUUCAGAUUUAAGUGAGAUGAAGGACAAAAUAGAUGUGCCACCAUUCAAGUAACAAAAGAGGUCCAGGAUAAGAAAAAAUUAAAGAUUGAAAGGGCCGUGAAGUGCCAAACAAGAAGAAAGUACCCACAUCUAGAGAGAUAU